CUUGGCUCCGUUAAGCCUCGCACACCAGAUCACUCUUGCUUCCUACCCUCAGUUCACCGUACAGAACUGUGAGCAGAACAAGCUUGAGUCAACCAAGAGGCGAACUGCUGAGGCAGAGCACACACACAAACCACGCUUGAACGCAAGUGCAUCGCACGUCCAAGCUAGAAUCUGCAGAACUAAAGAGGCGGUAUCAGUUCUCCCCUCAGUGGCGUCGUCUGCAUCAAGCUAGAGACAAGCUUGCUUGCACGUGGUCGGCUGUGUGCCGUCUUCCGAGUGGCGUUCUCCGCGUCGCGCCGGCGCCGAAGCACUCGAAGCCGCGAGCGUCGUCUCACCGCUGCACCCACGGGUCAGAGCCGCGUUCGUCGUGUCGCCGCUGCCGCCGGUGCGAGCCGGUCUCCGCCGCGUGCGAGCACCGUGUCGCGUACGCGUUCGUCCGCAGUGUCGCCGCUGCCGGCUGUCGCGCCACGCGCGUGGUGCCACCGCACCCCCGACGAGGGAGGGGCCGUUCGAGAAACUCGGUCGUAGAGGAUCGCCGUCGCCGCACGGGUGGUCGGUGAAGACUGUGCGAGCGUCGCCGUUGUCGGAGCCGCGUGCUGUUGUCCAGUUCGCUCUAGUCGGAGCGGUGCGUGCUGGACCGUGUCGACGGUGUCGCUUGUGUAGCGGACCUCGCGUCGAGAGGGCGUCGGAGGUGUCCGAGUCCGUCACGGUGGGUCACGUUCGUCAGCGGUGCGUGAGCGUCUUGCGUUUCGGGAGCGAGCGGUCGGCACAAUGAGCGCUGCUGGGUCUGCCGAUGGGUCGGUUGCGUCGCCGCCUCCGUCUUCCGGGUCGCCCUCCCCUCGGCGUGAUGCGUCAGGUUCGGACUCGGAAGAGGGUGCCCUGGUCGGCGCGCCUGCGGCGACGGCGUCGCCGGCCUCGGUGGCCCCGCCGGAGGCUACGGGGGAUUCCUCGGAGGCGGACGGCGGCUCCGGUGGAGAUGCGGAUGGCGGCGAUCUCGCCAACGCCAUCGUAGCGGCGUCCGCGAAUGCAGCGGCCAGCGGGUUGCUGCUGGCCAGCCAGGUGGCGGCGGCGGAUAGCCCUCGUGCCUCGCAGGGUGCUGCGGCGCUGAUAGACCAGGGGCCUGGUUACCUCGAUGCCCCGGUGAGUCGGCGACAAGCCUUUUCGGAUUCCGUGUCCUUGGUGUCCGGUUUGGUCGAGAACUGGUCGGUAGAGGGGCGGGAGCGAUUGCUCGCAGAGCUGCUGCGUGGUCGUCAUGACCCCUUGUCCCCUGUCGUGAGUGACCCGGAUUUGCCGGCCACUCUUCGCCUCAUGCAGACUUUGAGCGAGUCCGAUGAGGGCGCCGACCCGCGUCUUUCUGAUUCGCUUGCCCUCGCCCGCAACUUGCAAGCGGCGGAUAAUGCGCUGGAGGCGCAUUCCAAGGCGGUCUUGCGCCGCGAGCGCAAAACCGCGUCGGGCGGGUCGUUCCGCAGCCCCGCGAAACGCGCUCUCGCCCGCAAACCUUCGCGCCCUCCCGCGCCCGUGUUCACCACAAAUCGCUAUUCCCCGUUAUCGGUUGCCGCGUCAUCGCAGGGUCCCGAUGCCGGUGCUUCGGGUGCCGCCGAGAGCGCCGCCGAUGUAACCGCCGCUGAGGCUCAUCUGCGGGCGGCGCAGGAGCGUCUCCGGCGAGCGCGUCAGCAAGCGGGGUCUGCCUCUCCGGNGGUGCGGAUGGCGACGCGGACGCGGCCCGUCGUUCGUCGCGGGCCGUGGGGCCGGUCGCCGGAGNACCAGCAGGCGGGGUCUGCCUCUCCGGUGGGGCGGUCGUUUGUCGGUACGCCCGCUGAUAGGGAGGAUGGCGGCGCGGACGCGGCCCGUCGUUCGUCGCGGGUCGUGGGGCCGGUCGCCGGAGGGCAGGGUCCCCCUUCGCCUGCGGCUGGUGUGUCUACAGUUCGCCAGCCGCCCACCAUUGCGAGCUUCGCGGCCCAGCAAGCGGUGGAGGCCGCGACAGCGGCCCGCAAAGCGGCUGCCGCCGACGUGGCCCUGAGCCGACGCUUAGAGGAGGCCGCGUCCGCCCGGGCGGAGGAAGCGCACCGGGACGUAGUANACAGACGUGGCCCUGAGCCGACGCUUGGAGGAGGCCGCGUCCGCCCGGGCGGAGGAAGCGCACCGGGACGUAGUAGCCCAAAAGCGGAAGGCUGUGGCGGCCCGCCUGCGGCUGGUGUGUCUACAGUUCGCCAGCCGCCCACUAUUGCGAGCUUCGCGGCCCAGCAAGCGGUGGAGGCCGCGACGGCGGCCCGCAAAGCGGCUGCCGCCGACGUGGCCCUGAGCCGACGCUUAGAGGAGGCCGCGUCCGCCCGGGCGGAGGAAGCGCACCGGGACGUAGUAGCCCAAAAGCGGAAGGCUGUGGCGGCCCGGUCCGAAAAUGCGGAGCUGGUGCGCGCCCAGCGGGAGGCCUGCGAGCGUAGGGCGGCCGAGCUCCGGAGAGAGCAGCGGGCGCUCGAGCUGCUUGAGGCGGACGGGCGCCAGCUCAUCGCGGAAGCCAACGUCGCUCGCGGCCAGCGUGAGAGUGUCUGCGAGCGCCGGGAGGCCCGGGAGGAGGCGGAGCGCCGGGUUCGCGCGGUUCGCGGUGAGGGGCACGCGACUGCGCGGAUGGCGGAGUCGGUCCUCAGCGCGGAGGGCCGGUCGAUGCGCCCGGUGCCCCUGCUGCGAGACCCCGUGGAGGUACAGCGUGUAACCCACAAACGGGCGGAGCGCGCGGCUCGCGACGCCGAGGCUCUCCGCAAGGGUCCGGAAGGUGGUUCACGANUGAUACGCCCGGUGCCCCUACUGCGGGACCCCGUGGAGUUUCAGCGUGUAACCGACAAACGGGCGGAGCGCGCGGCUCGCGACGCCGAUGCUCUCCGCAAGGUCUCCGCAUCGGACAUGGCCACCAUCAAGGCGGUCGCCAAGUCCAGGGUCCGGAAGGUGGUUCACGAUGCCUUCCCUGUCGUUGAUCCUGCUCCUGCAUCGGGCGGUGCUGAGGUCAAGGGGGAGGUGCCCGGUCUCCUGUCCGCCGAAAUAGAGGAGGCGGCACAAAUGUCCAAGGCUGCUCGGGUGCUUGUCCAACAUGAUCCGAUNUUCCUGUCCGCCGAAAUGAAGGAGGCGGCGCAAAUGUCCAAGGAUGCACGGGUGCUUGUCCAACAUGAUCCGACGAUGUCCUUCGAGCAGGCUCUAAAGGGGCUUGCUGCUAUACGCCGGUUUCGCACGGAGCAGCGCGGCAAGCGCAAGGCUUGGGACUCCGGGUCUGUCGACGGGCGUGCCCCUGGAGGUAACGGGACGCGUGGGAGCCCUGGACACCAGCGUGGUCAGGACCGCGGGCGCAACCAAGGCCGUGGAGGGCAGAGUCCGCGCGGCGAUGGCUCGGCCUCCAGCGGGAGCCAGUCUGGGCGUGGUUCUGGCUCCUCGUGGAAAAAACGAGGCGGUGGACGCCAGAACAGGUCCGAUCAAUCUGACGGUUGUGAUAGCGAAGAUGGGUACGAAGAACCGGUCCUGUUGGGUAGACCGGACGAGAGUUCUUCCGCGGUGGUGCCGGAAGCUAUAGACACAUCCUUUCCGAUUGCUCUUGAACGGGGGUCUGCGGCUGUCAAAUUUCAGUCCGAUCCUACCGUUAAACCGGAAACCAAACCUGCGUUGGGAAAAAGCGAGCCGGUUACACCUGUCGCUCCUCUAGCCGAGGUAACACGACCGACUCCCGAUCCUGCCGCAAACGACCCUGUCAAAACCGAGCACAACAANCAACCUCAGUCCGAUCCGACCGUUAAACCGGAAACCAAUCCUGCGUUGGUAAAACGCGAGCCGGUUACGCCUGUCGCUCCUCUAGCCGAGGUAACACGACCGACUCCCGCUCCUGCCGAAAAAGACCCUGUCAAAACCGAGCACGACAAUGCUAUUCGGGGAAAAUUUGCUGUAAUGGCAACCAAAAACUUGAUGACAAUGCCGUUGACCCCGUUGCAAAACGGUGAUGAUGUAGUGGAGCUUGUCCAACUCUCCUCGGCCAUCACCAAAUCCGUCGAGCAAAUUCGCGCCAGUGCGCAAGACUUUGACUCGGACCAUUGGGUUCGAGGAUGGGAAAAGGUUUUAGAGCGUCACCUCAUCAAACCCGUUCGAAAAAACCACGCGAAAUCUGCGGCUACCAAACAGAUCCUAGUGGCAGCGGUCAACCAGUCCGUCAGAGCGACGGAUUCGGGCAUGAGUGGGCCGGACGCUCUGAAACUGUUGCUGCGGGCCGUCUGCAGCGGGCUGAGCACGGUGACGCCGGCGCUGGUACUGCAACAGCUACAGAACUUUGCGGUUCCGGCUGGCACGACCUUCAAAGCGUAUCUUGAAGACCUGAAGGUGUUAGUCGAAAGUGUUCAGAUGGUUGGCUUUGCAGAAGAUGGUACACUGCAAGUCGCCGUGAAGGCAGGUGUCACCGAUCAGUAUGCCACGUGCACCGCACCAGUGUUCCAUGGUAGGAACACGCAGGCCUUACCCUAUGACUCGUUAGAGAGUCUCAUGGAGGCUCUGGAUGAUAUGACCGACAAUACUACUACUGCAACGGCUUCCGUGCAUGUGCGGGGAGUAGGGUCCGUCAUGCCACGAGGGCAAGCGGGCAUGUCGGUUAGCUCCCGAGGUAGAUACGGUGGUGGUGUGGCCCAGUAUUACGAUGAGUCGCGGGAAUUCUGGCAGGUUAGCCAGGUGUCGCGCGGAAACAAGGGGUUUGGGCGCAACGAUGAUGACCCAAACUUCUUCGUGCAGCUUUCUGAUAAUCAAGAACGGGACCGAGCUCGGCGAGAGUUCGGGCCAAAGUCUCGUAAUUGUGGUGUGGAAGAACCGUUCCACUUGGCAAGAGAAUGCCCUGACAAACUCAUGAAUGUGUCGGGCUUGAUCCAUCCCGACAUUGCCGUUGGUGACCCCGAGACGGUGGAAAAAAAUUGGCGCCGUUGGCAACAGAGGUUGUGCUCAUGGGCGGAUACCCAACGGAAGAAAAGAUUCAACCGUGGGAACCGUCGCAGCGGGUGACAUGUCAAACAACGACCCGGCCCACUUGUUGAUAGCAGAGCGGCCAAAAACGCACAUUAUAUCCCAAGACGUGCGUGUUGCUUUGGGAAGCAGAAAGUUUGGAGUAAACAAAGAACCUCCGGCGACCGAAAAGAUAGAAAAUGAGAGAUCCGUGUUGCGCGCCACGAAUCUUGAGACAAGCGGUAACAACGGUGUGUAUGUCGCGGACCUCGAGCACCGAGAGAAAGGAAGUAAUUACCCCUUUCCAAUGUAUGAAGUGCCCACAAAAGCACCAAAGUGCACAACUCCUAAUUCCGAUGUGACAACUGUUGAAGUUCCACAUUCUGUUCAGGGAGUCGCCCGUCCGAAUGGUGACAAUCGUCAGAAUAGGCCC